CGGCUAGAUACAUAUGAGGCUAUGAUAUUAGCAAAUGAUCUGUGUUUUUGUUGUAUUUUACGAAGGAUAUUUACCAAAUAAUGGUCACUAAUGUCCACCUUAAUGUAAAAUAAUUAGUCGAGGUGCUCGUGCGAGGUGCUAACCCGCUUGCUAACGGUUUGUUAGCCUUUGUAGUUGUCCUGCUGUGUUACAGUUCCUCAUUAGUGUCAUCGCCAAUUUCUUGAAUUAAAAAUGGAAACAAAUGUGCCGAAGAGACGAGACAACAAGAAACCGCUCCGGGUCAAGGUAAUAAGCCUCGGGAAUGCCGAAGUUGGUAAGAGUUGCAUCAUUAAACGCUACUGCGAGAAGAGGUUUGUCCCCAAAUAUUUGGCCACUAUUGGGAUUGACUAUGGUGUCACCAAGGUUCAGGUUCGCGACAGAGAAAUCAAAGUGAACAUCUUUGACAUGGCCGGACAUCCUUUCUUCUACGAAGUGCGUAAUGAGUUCUACAAGGACAGUCAGGGCGUGCUGCUGGUCUAUGAUGUCGGCCUACGGGACAGUUUUGAUGCCCUGGACAGCUGGUUGGGCGAGAUGAAACAGGAAAUGGGCUCUCAGGCCAACAUGGACAGCAUUGUUUUCGUGGUCUGCGCCAACAAGGUGGACCUGAUGAAACGGCGAGUGGUGGACGAGGGUGAGGGUCGUCUGUGGGCGGAGUCGCGGGGGUUUCAUUACUUUGAGACGUCGGCACAAAGCGGAGAGGGCAUCAAUGAGAUGUUCCAGGCCUUCUUCUCCUCCAUCACCGACAUGUGUGAAAACGGCGGGAAGCGUCCUGUGUCGGAUGUCAGCGUGGGCUUCACCAAAGAGCAAGCGGACACUAUCCGACGUAUCCGAAACAGUAAGGACUCCUGGGAUAUGCUGGGGGUCAAACCCGGGGCCACACGGGAAGAGGUCAACAAAGCCUACAGGAAACUGGCCGUACUUCUCCACCCAGACAAAUGUGUGGCCCCCGGAAGCGAAGACGCCUUCAAGGCGGUGGUGAAUGCACGCACCUCACUGCUGAAGAAUAUAAAAUAACACACCCGACGCAUCAAGGUUCACAUAUAUUUAUUUAUUUAUUAGCACUUUUCACAAUUGAACCUCUUGUGUGCCAUGUUACACUGAAUGCUUGUGCAUGCGUGUGCACAAGAACUUGCAUUUCUAAUUGAAAUGAGCUCAAUUCAAGGUUAAAUGCUGUUUUGAAGGGCGUACAUACUUUGUGUUUGUCACGUGUACGUGAGCGUGUCGCCGCCAAGGCUCAGCAAAGCAGAAGUUCAAAGCUUGGUCUUAGAAUUUCAAGCCAAAAAGAUUCCAAUUGAAGGUCAUAUUUGUGACCUUGUUUUUCUAUUGAACAGCUUGGAGGUGGAAUGCCUUACCUCCAAAUACAGUAUGCUGAAAUUGCCAAUUGAAUGCAAAUAUAUCAGUUUGUCAUGCUAAUCCUACAUAUUUGUAUUCAAAAUGAGCUCCUACCGAUAGUGUUGGCGUUGCUUGUUGUCCUUUAACAUGUUUGGAAUGAAGCUGCACAACCGUAGUAAUAUUUUAUAUUUUUACAAAUGUGCAUCAACAGGAAUUACCCUGUGAUUGUUUCUAUUUGUGUGUAUUUUUCUUGGAACUUCCAUAAGCAUGCUUAAAAGAUGAAUAAAAGAGAGCCGAUAGCAAACAUGGUAAACCCACAAA